AUAGUGAUACACACUUGGCUUCAGUUGAAAAAUACUCAAACUUUCAAAGCCAACGCAGUGUUGUUAAAUUGCUCGCAACUGCAGCUGUAAAGCAGCAAACAGAUGCCAUAUCUCGAAAUAGAAGUUAUGUUAAGAAACUUUUCAAAACAGUUUUCUUUAUGGCCAAAAAGAAAUGGUCCCAAAUGAACAUGGCAGACUUGGUAAGAUUCAUGGGGGAUGUUUGUGACCCAGAAAUAAAAGACAUUGCUUCGGAGUCUGUCAAUUAUCUGUCCAGUACAUCAGUCACCGAGUUAAUAAACACACUAAGUGAAUUCAUGGAGAGAAAGGUUUUGGAAGAUUUAAGGAAGGAAACGUUUACACUGUUGGCUGAUGAAAGUACUGAUUCCUGCAACAGAACCCAAUUUUCAUUGUUUGUCAGGUGGGUCAGUGCAAAGGGCCCCGUGGAGCACUACUUAGGCCUUAUAAACAUGGAUAAAGUAACCAGUUUAGCUCUUUUGACAGCUAUUGAAACAUUCUUCAGAGGUAAACAUCUACAGUUAGAGAAAGUAAGAUUAGUUGGACUGGAUGGUUGUAACACCAUGAGCGGUGAAAAUAAAGGUCUACAAAGAAGAAUUCGACAUGAGAGUCCCCUUUCCAUUUAUGUGAAUUGCCGUAACCAUCGCAUAGCUUUGUGCUUCGUACAUCUGCUUAAGGAAAGUGAUCUUUUGAAGGAAGUUGAUGGUUUACUGAUUUCCAUAUGGAAACUGUUUCAAUAUUCUCCGAAGAAAGCAGCUGUCUUCCAGCAUAUGCAGGAGGUUUAUGGAGAAAGGCCAAUCAAGUUUGUCAGAGCUGCAACAACAAGGUGGUUGUCACAUCUUCGGGCAUGUGUUAGGUUCAUUAGUAGAUAUGAACAGCUGUUGGACACAUUUGACGCUCUCAUAGAAGACUCCAGAGAACCCGAAGUUCAGGGGAUCAGACAGUCAGCCACAAAUAGAGGCGUCAUUGCCAUGAUUCUUGUACUUGCUGAUGUGUUAAAGCCUGUGAACUAUCUGUCCCUUUACCUACAGCAAGACUGUGGCACAUUCACGGAGUUAUCAGCUAGAGUAAAGAAGUGCACAGAUGAUCUGCAGGACAUAGUUCAUAACUACCAGAACAUGACUCUGAUGGGACUAGAAUUCGGUAAGUGUGAGGAGAUGUUUGACAUCAUUACAGAUAGGACUACUCUAGCUAGACGUGUGAGGGCUGGGGUCCAGAUGGAAGCAAUCAACCCAGAAGGAUUUUUGAGACUGUAUGGUGUGCCUUUGGUACUAGCUCUAGUAAAUGAGGUAGAGGAUGCCUUCAGAAACCACUCAGCCGUGCUAUCUGCCUUUAGUUUCCUGGAUCCAAGUCACCUGCCAGAAGAGGCAAAGGAUGUACAUGAUUAUGGAAAGGUUAAUCAUUUUAAAAGUUUAUAUUUGUAUUUUUUUUCAAACAAUGCCUUUAAAAUGCCAAAAGGAAAGCACCAACAGAUCUUUUGAGUGAAAAAGGCUGAAUAACAUUUAAAAUUUGAAAUGAAGCAGAAAACAUUGUGACAAAAUGAAAAAUUGCUCACCAUGCAUUUUAAAUAAUUUCCUGAGUUGUCUCUUGGCCUGUAGAUACAUGUGUUAAAAUGUGUAUUCAUUGGGUAUGAGUAACACAGUAUGGCUCGAAAUAAACACAAUAUUUAUUGGAUGAUACUGUAAAUCAUACCUUUGAAACAGGUUUAAUUCUAACACUUAUUCAUAAUAAUUUCACAAAUAAGAUACAUACAUGGCUGUCACAUGAAUGUAAAUUAUCCACUCAUAUAAUAUAAAUGAUUAUCUAAUGACAAUUUUGAAAAAAAUAUUUUUUUGUUAUGUUUCCAAUAAUGCAUGUGACAGUGUGGUAUAUCUACUAGUAAUGACAUGUGUAUGUACUACAUGUACAUAGUACCUUCCAUCAUGGGAAUGGUAUGAUCUGUUUACAGGAUCAUGCAAAUGUAUUGUCAUCCUUCUAUGGGUCAGAGAAGGUGGAUAUCUAUGAAGGACACAGAAAGAUAGUCCCCCUUGAGCUAAUGGAUCAGAAAUUAAUUGAGAAUGAGCUCUUGGCUUUCAGAAAUCAACUCUUUAUGAUGAAGUAAAGAUAGUAAACAGUUCACUGUUUAGUUAAUUUUCAUUCAUCAGAUGUUCAAGUUAUUAUUUUCAUUUUGUGUACAACUUCUGCUUGUACUUACCAAUAACAGAGCAUGAAUUAAUGUUCACUUUGAGUUUCAGUUGCUGUGUUAGUUUUCCUUCAUCAAACAUUUCAUGUUGCUGUUGUUAUUUGUUUGGCCUGCCAGCUUCUGCUUUCAGAUAGUUGAGGUUCUUUGACUACUGUUUAUAACCUGUUAAUACUUUUUUUUACAGUUGUGUAGGUAUAUU